GGACGAGAUAAUGUAUAAAUAUGUAUCGCUAUCGCCAUGACAUUCGUUAUCUUUCUCCUCCAGAAAAGCUUGGAUGCAAAUACACAUGCCCAAAUUAUCAUGCCCUUUGCUCUGGCCAUGUUCUGCUCGAAGUCUGUGCCCAACUUGGGCAAAUGUUCGAUCGCGCGAGAUCUCUGGGCUUCUGUUACGAAUAAGCUCUGGCGCAUUCAGCUCUUCCCCGUGACUGUAGUUGUCCGUCUUGUAGACAUGUUCCGAGCCGCAAAACAAGCACGAGAUCACAAAAGGCGGAUGAGAAUCAUCGACAGAAUGCUGAAGGCUGCAUCAUGCCUCUCGACAUCACCUGAGCCCCUUCCCUUUUCUGCCUUCAUGACCCUGGCUGAGGACGCCCUCAGUUUGGCCAAAUUUCCACCAGGGCUUUCCACAAAGAAACAUGCGGAGGCUGUCUUACAGGUCAAGGCACUGCUGGAUCGGUGGGCUGUGGCUUUCGUCGCAAGCCUCUGGACACAUGGACAUGGGAAGGAGUCCCUAGGUGGUUUCUUGCAUGAAUUGAGGCAUGGAGACGGAUUGGGACCGCCGGGAAAACAUGGAGGAAGACACGGGUCUGUCAUAUUUCUAGAACGAAAAUUUUUGCUCGCUGAGCAGAACUUUCGUUGGGAGUGCGAAGAGACUGCGAAUUCUGGUGGAGCUCGGAAUACUUACAAUAAGGAACUGGCUCAAUAUGGUGAUAUGGGUAGAUUGAAUGCUAUCCCAGAGUGA